UUUUAUUCUUAAAAAUCCUUUGACUUGAUUGGGUCCUUGUUGAAUUGUUGGGGGCAUUCUACUCAGAGCUGUGAAGUGCGAAGAUGGCUACAUGGUGUAUGCGAGCCCCACUGUUUCCUUUGCUAAAAAAAGCUCCCUUUAUUACAGGGAAGAGAAGGAGAAGGACAUGGUUCCAUUGUUGCUCUUCUCCGCAGGCAUGGCAACCUUCUCGUAAGAAAAAAGUCGCUAUGCUUGUCGCCUAUGUUGGCACCAAUUACCGAGGUCUCCAAAUGCAGCACGAUGAACAUUCACUCUCAACUAUUGAAAAAGAACUAGAAACUGCCAUAUUCAAGGCUGGUGGGAUUCGUGAAAGUAAUUUUGGGGAUCUGCAGAAGAUUGGAUGGGCUAGAAGCAGCCGGACUGACAAAGGAGUUCACUCUCUUGCUACAAUUAUAUCCUUUAAAAUGGAAAUCCCGGAAAAUGCGUGGAACGGAGACCCUUAUGGCUUUGGCCUUGCAAAUUAUGUUAACUCCUAUCUUCCCUUUGAUAUUAAAGUUAUUAGCAUUUUGCCCUCACAAAGGAGCUUUGAUCCCAGGAAGGAAUGUAUUUUGCGGAAGUAUUCCUACCUCCUCCCUGCUGAAAUUAUUGGUAUUCAAAGCCAUUUCAGCGAUGAAGUUGAUUACCACAUAUCAGAGUUCAAUGAUAUUCUUAAUGUAUUUGAGGGGAUACAUCCUUUCCAUAAUUAUACGGCUAGGUCCAAGUACAGGAAACAAUUUCCUAAUAGGCAGUCAUCAUCAAAGAGUGGCACAUCAGCAAGGGAGGGUUUGUCAUAUGAGUCUGAAUGUGAGUACAGUGACGGGGAAGAAAACUCUGAAACUGAUGAGGCAUAUACAGAAAAUAUAGUGUGCCAAAGCCAGAAGUUUUCAGAAACUCAUCAUUUUGCUGAACCUGUUGUUGGCUCUAGCAAUAAGAAUGGAAAUGGUUUGCAUGACCAAGACUCUAGAUUGGUUGCUCGUGCAAGAUGGUUAUAUGAACCUGAUGAAGCAGACAGAUUAAGUGCUUCCCAUUUCAGAAAAGUUUUUCAGUGUUCCUGUGGAAAACUGGAAACAUCACUGGGAUAUAAUUACAUAGAGAUCUCCAUCCAGGGAGAGUCCUUCAUGUUACAUCAGAUAAGAAAAAUGGUUGGGACAGCUGUGGCAGUAAAACGCAAGGCACUGCCAAAAGAUAUUAUAAAGCUGUCACUGACAAGGUUCUCGCGGAUUAUUCUACCCCUUGCACCUUCAGAAGCUCUGAUAUUAAGGGGAAACAGAUUCUCAAUAAGAACACGACCAGGAAACAUAACAAGGCCUGAGAUGCAGACAAUAGUUAAAUCAGAAGAAAUUAAGAAGGCAGUUGAUGAUUUUUACACAUCAGUUAUGCUACCUCAAGUUUCAAAAUUAUUGGACCCAUCAAGAUCUCCUUGGGAUGAAUGGAUUGAGAAGCUGGAUGCUCACACAAGCAUACCAAAUGAUCAGUUGGAUGAGGUCAGGAAGGCUUGGAAUUUGUUUAAAGAAAAAUUUGAAACUACAACUAGCACUCAUCCAUGAUAAAGUGAAGGAAAAAAGAAGGAAUGCAUUCAUACCUUUGUUCUGAUUGUCCUGCACUGUGCAAGUUUGAAGGGUAAACAGAAUUUGGAAUUUAUUCAGCCUACCUAGUCUACAAUGGACAAUCAUGCUUGCUCAAUACUUGGUAGUUAUGGAAGAAUUUGGCUUGAAAGAUGUGUUUUAAUUAUUAAUUAAUUGGCUUGAAUGGCCAGCAAACAUGAUUCCUCAAGAAUUCAACAAAUUCAACAUCCAAGCAGGAUAGUACAACUUCAGAGGCUGACAAAAUUUCACUAGUCAACAAUACCUCAGCUUCAGCUUCCACAAACAGCUACAAUAUUGAAUAAUAUUUCCAAAUUGGGUUAGAAUGUUAGAGAUGGGGGUAGGCUUCUGAGUUGCUACAUACAAUCAUUUACCCUCUGAAACUGAAACGGAUGUAUACUUUCCAUAUCACACUGUCAUUCUUACAUUAUGCUUAAAAUAUACCAUAGAUAUGUCAUAUUGUCAUUCUUAAAAUAUUUUAUUCUUAAAAUGUAUGCAUCUUGUUAGUACAUGUAGUACAAAUUAAUUCUUUUAAGU